GAUUUCUGGUCAAACUGGCCCAUUUGUACAUUAUAAUAUUAUUCUUUGGUUAUCUGACACUUUGCAGUUUGCAUAGAUUAUCGAGAUUCGACUUGUGUCUAGAACUCUCGUGUAUGAAAAUUUGAACACUUACCGGUUACAAUACAAUUUGGUCGUGAUUUAUAAGUAAGUAUAGGAAAUCGUGUUUAAAUUAUUUAGUUUAUAUUCUUUAAGUAUUGAAUAAUUUUUUCUUUAUCUGUUAAUUAUAAUCAAUAGCGAUUUUACAAGAGUCUGACCCCCUGCCCCUAGACAAUGAGUUUAAACUACGGAAAGUAAAUUUCGUGUUAUAAUUUUUAAAUUUAACUUGAACUUUGUUAUUGAUUGAAACAUAAUUACAUUAAUUUAAAUAAUUAAAAUACAUUAAUACAUAUUUGGUAAAUAUUUGUAUAAUUGUUAAUCUAUAUAAUUUUAAAUCAAUAUUUUUCUUUCCAUUUACCUAAAAGCUUGGAUGGUUUUACAGUAAUAAUGUAUUGGCGACAAAUUCAAGGUGUCUUAAAAUAAGAUAAUAUAUACUAAUAGUGGUAACAUUUGUACUACAAAAGUUAUUAAGUUUAGGUCAUACACCAGAAAUGAGAUUACAAUGUUAAUAAAAAAACUCUUAAUACUUCUAAAACUUUAAAACUAUUUUGAAGGUAUUUGAAUGGCAUACAUGGACAGAUGAUAAAAGAGCUUUAAGAUCACACUUCUAAGUCAGUGUUGCUCAUAAUAAAAAAAAUUAAAAGGAAAUCGGGAACAAAUCUAGUUUAUGACCCAAUUAUUUUUGUCAAAAUUUGUGUUUUUUGCCUGUAUGUUAAGAAUAUAAAAAAAAACUGUUGAACUUCAUCUGGAAGUUAUGGAGAAAAACUUCAUGAAGUUUAGGUAUUUCUUUUCGCGUAUAUCUUAGUGAAAAUUAAACAUUUUCAAAUUUUUUUUUUCUAAAAUGUGAUUUAUGAAAAUGCUUAAUUCAUUGGUGUUAUCAAAACUUACCUUUCAUACUUACUUUUAAAGUCAUUGUACAUAAAACUUAAAAAAAAAGCAUUUUGGGUGCACCUAGAGACCGGGCGGGGUCACUCGAUCGCUCAGACUGUUUUAAUUGAAAAUAAAUGAUUUGUUGUACAAAACCAUGUUGGGUAGAUAAUAAGAAAAAGUGAAAAAGCAUUUUUUUUUUUGUUUUUAAAAGAUGAAAAUACAAAUUUAAUUUAUUCUUUCACCAAAUCAAUGUCCCCUUUGAAAACAGAUUGAAAAAAAUUUAACAUUAUCAGCGCUAGAAAAAUCUGUCAAACACGGUUGGACAGACUGUAUUUGUAAACACGAAUCAAUAUACAACUUAUUAUAUAUCAUGAACACAUCUAUAUAAUGUAUGAAAUACAGAUGAAUUUAUUUGAACAUUAAAUAAUAGAAAUUAAAUAGAAUAUAAAAUAAAUUUGAAAUUAAAUAACAUUAUUUUUAUAGAUAAAAUAUUGGACGAGUACUAUUUAAUCACAGUUAAAGUGUUUUUUUUUAAGUUUAUUAACUUUCUAUGUUGACAGAGAAAUGUUAUUUGCAUUGUCAUCAGCAUUUAUGUGAAAAACCUAAUCUACAAAAAUAUUUCUCAAAAUUAAAACUAAUGGGUUUAAUUUCCAGCAAAAGAUUAUCUUCACCAGCUCAAAUAAUGGCUGCUACACAGUUUGUGAAAGAUGCAAUUGCCCAUGAUCCUAUUGUAAUAUUUUCCAAAUCGGACUGUGGCUACUGUCAGAUGGCUAAAGAAGUAAAAUUAACAUUUUACAUUAAACAAUAAUUAAACUAAUACCUGUGUAAAUAAAUGUAUUAGUGUUUUGAUAAACUGAAAGCAUCAUACAAAUCCAUCGAUUUAGAAAAGAGAGAAGACAUGGAUGAUAUUCAAGACGCCUUAGAAGAGAUAACUGGAGCACGUUCAGUAAAUUUGUUAUAUCACAAUAAACAUUUUUCAUUGGAUUUAUUUUGUAAUUUAACUUAUUUAUAUUUUAGGUGCCACGUGUGUUUGUUAAUGGUGUAUUUAUCGGUGGUGGUUCUGAUGUAAGAAAGAUGUCUCAAAAUGGAAAGUUAGCAGAACUUCUCCAAAAAUAACUACUAAAGAUAUAGUCCAAAUCAUGAUAUAGCUAACUAUUUAACUUAUCAUUAAUACUCAAUUUUAUCUAAAUUUGCGCAGAAGCUCACAACUGUUUUUGUAAUCAAGUAAUUACAAGACUUAAUUACUGUAUUAUCGAUCAACAACCACCAAAAAAUAUUGUUUCAUUCAGUGAUUACCAUAAAACCGCGGCUAAUAAGUAAUUGAUACACCUAUAUAGUUGGUUAUAUUAUGGUCUAAAUCAAUUUUUUCUGUAAUAUCACAAACAAUUGUUAAUUUUAAAAAGUACCAAUGUCAUAAUUUAUUACAAAUUGUAUACUUUAUUUACUUGUAUUACACCUUUUUUUUUUUUGAAAUAAAUAAAAACAUACAAAAGUAGUACUAGUUUGUUUUAAAAGUAAAUUUUAUAUUAUUCAAAUGAGAUAUGUUAAAGUAGGAAAAUAGUUCAAAGCAAUCCAACCAUGUUAUCUACAACACCAACAUUAGUGGAUGGAGCAGUAUGAUGAAUUGACGCCAACAUUGACUCAAUGUCCAAGCCUCCAGAUUUGUUAUCUUCACUUCCAAUUGCCAUUUCUCCUUCAGCUACGUUCUCGAUAUUAGUUCCUGGGUCAAUUUUUAUAGUACCAAUUUGAGUGGAGACAUGUCCUUCAGUAUUUAGAAUUUCCUGUUGAGAUCCUCCAGCUGAGAUAUUUAACAUAUCCACGUCUGUGUCUACAGCACUAUUGUUCUGUUGACCAUCCCCUAUAUCCAUAGCAGAUUCACCAGUCUGCUGGUUAUCUCCACCUGUCUGUAAAUGAGUAUAUUCCUUUACCUGUUAAAUAUAAAAUAAAUAAUUGUAUGCAAUUUUAGAAGAAUACGUUUAGUUAUACCUUUUUAUUAUUCAUUAUUGUUUGACGAUUAUGAUUUCUCUUAAUGUGAUCAAGACAAAUCUGUCUACUUUCAAAAGACAAUGAACACACCUGACACUUGUAUAGUCUUUUCUUUUGAUGCUGCUUCUGUUGUUGCGAUGAUGCCUGCGUAAAAUAAUGUAAUG